AUGGUUUUCCUAUUGCUAAUAGCAACAGCCCUAACAUUGUUUCUUGGUUACGUCUGGCACGUGGGCAGUUACUGGUCUAAGAAGAAGGUACCAGCACCAUGUCCUGGUGAAUCUUAUGCAAGACUUUGGACUAAUUUCACACUAUCCGAACAUUUUGGACUUUUGCUGGAUAAAACAUACAAUUUCAGACGUUUCCAAGGAAAACCUUACUUUGGAGCAUUCUCGUUUUUUAAACCGUUGUUUGUGAUAAGAGAUUUGGAUUUGGUAAAGACUGUUUUACAAACAAACUUCAACAGUUUCCAAAAGAAUGAUUUUGAUAUCGAUGAAGAACUCGAACCAAUUUUCGCAACCAAUCCAUUUUCCCAAUCUGGACAAAAAUGGAAACGUUCCAGGACUCAGAUUACACCUGCUUUCACAUCAGGAAGGAUGAAAGCGAUGUAUCCACUGAUGAUAGAAGUCGGAGAUAGGAUGAAAAAGUAUUUGGAGAAAAAUGAAGGCAUUCCAGAAGGAAUUGAUACAAAAUCACUCAGUGAAAAGUUCGCAAUGGACAAUGUAGCAAGUUGUGCUUUUGGAAUAGACGUAGAAUCUUUCACCGAUAAAGAUUCAGAUUUUAUUCGAGUUGCAAAGAAAAUAUUCGAACCAUCUUUUACUAAUAUGAUCAAAUUUCUCAUCGCUUUCAUGGUACCAUUUUUAUCUAAAAUUCUCAAAAUACGAUUAAUGCCUAAAGAAACUGCAGACUUCAUGACUCAAAUAGUAACACAAAACGUUAAAUAUAGAGAAGAUCAUAAAAUCGUUAGAGAUGAUUUUCUUCAAGGCAUGAUAAAUUCCAAAGGAAAGGGCCAGGGAGAAUUUCCACCUUUGACCAAUUUGGAAAUGACAGGACAUGCUGUAUCCUUCCUGACAGAUGGUUAUGAAACAUCAAGCGCCGUCAUGGCAUUUGUAUUUUAUGCGGUGGCAAAACACAAACACGUUCAAGAUAAAUUACGUCAAGAAAUUCUGGAUGUUUUGAAGAAACACGAUGGUCAAGUUACAUAUGAAGCCAUAAUGGAGAUGCAAUAUCUAGAACAAGUUCUUUAUGAAACUAUGAGACUAUAUCCUCCCGGUAUGAUUCUCCAGAAAAGAUGUACCCAAGAUUGUACAAUACCUGGUAAAUCAUUAGGAGCUGAAGACAUCACACUCCGGGAAGGAGAUGCUGUAGUGAUACCAUUGUAUUCAAUUCAACGUGAUCCAGAAUACUAUCCAGAUCCUGAAAAGUUUGACCCGGAACGAUUUAGUGAUGAAGAAAAGGCAUCCAGGCAUUCAUACGCCUUCUUAACUUUUGGUGCAGGACCAAGAAUGUGUUUAGGAAUGAGAUUUGCACUUCUGCAAAUGAAGGUGGCAUUGAUGUCUGCUGUUAAAAGCUUCGAAUUAUCUGUUAAUCCAAAAACAAAGGAACCAUUAGAAUUAGAUAAUAAGUCAUUUAUCAUAAGAGUGAAAGAUGGUAUGUGGGUAGACUUCAAAAAAUUGUAA